AUGCUCCGAGAGGAAAGACAGUUGCAGAUGCAACGCUUGCUGGAGCUUUUCGAUGGCCAUCUUGGGGUCUCAGAAGGAGAUCUUGGAAUUCUAGCUGGAAGUCUUGGAGCACAUCCGAAGGACAUGGGGCCGAUUCUUGUACCUGAUGCUUCCAAGUCCGGCUUUAGCUCUGAUGAGCUGCGUCGUCGGUUCCAGGCAUAUUUGGCUUCGCCUUUUAAAGUUCUAGCUGAUCACCGGUGGAAAUUGGCCUACGACCAUUUUCAGGUUGGAUCAACAUCCCCGGAAGGACAACUCGUUGAUCAUAUGGCAACAAGUGCGGAGGUAGCAGUGUCUGCUGAGGUCUUGUCUUCGGGCUCUCAGACAAGCCUUUCUGACCAUGACUUUGUCAAGGCCAGGUUUCACAUCAAGCACCCGCAGGUGAAAAAGAAUGCAUCAAUGCACCCGGGAGCGCGGGAGCAUCGCCUGGAUGCCAUGGUGCAGGGCUUGAAGUCUGCGCAGUGGAUGAAGAACGGGGCUCUGGCAGCUGCAGCCAAGGCUGGCGCCAAUCCACGAAUGCGGCUGCGCUGCGAACAGGAGGACCUGAAACGUCAGCUACAGAGUGAAAAAGAAGCAGCAGAUGAACUUCAGGCAGAACUCACCAGCGAGAUGCGAGAGCUUCGCGAUCGCUGUCAUGAGCAG